GAAGGAAACGUGACUUCCCAUAAUGACUAUUGCAUCAAGCAGGACAAACGGUUGAAUUUGGUCUUUCUGAUCGGUGUUAUCUCGUUAGCUUGGGGUGCGUUCGUUUCCGGGGCCUUUCUGGACCGUUUCGGACCAAGAAAAACAAGACUUCUUUCAAGUUUCCUUUUCGGGUUGACUUUCCUGUUCUUUGUGCUGGCAGACAAAGACAGGCCAAAUUUGAUUUUUCCCGGGAUUCUGACCCUGUCAGCGGCUGGACUCACCCUAUUACUGACCAUUUUUCAGGUUGCAAAUAUGUUUGAAAAAUGGAAGUCUUCAGUCAUAAGUGUAUUUAAUGGAGCAGUAGAUUCAUCAGCAAUCGUACUACUGUUUUUCAAGUUGGUGUACGAUGCUGGUGUUCCAUUACGGUCGAUCAAUAUAUUUUUUUACAUUUUCGCCAUUGUUGCCAUCCUUAUCUUCACAUUUAUACUACCUUCUUUUACAAUCACCUCUGAGAGAAUUCGUGAAAUCAAUGGUUCGGAGAAUCCAGAGUCCUCUCAUGACAAUAUUCAUUCCACACACGAAACCGUAGACAAGCCACUUGUACAAGGUGAUCAAGCAAACGGAACAAAUAGAAUAAUUAGGGAAUCGGAGUCGAAUUCGAUAGGAAAGACUCCUGAAAAGAAUGGAAAGGUGCAAGAGGAAGCCGAUUCACAGUUGUCUCCACUUUUUCAAUCAGAAGAAUACGAAGACGAUGAAAUAAAAGAUAAAAAGGACGGCGGUGGAACUAGCCCAGAUUCCACGCCCCGAUUGAUAAGCUUGAUGUUAACCUCCGAGUAUAUCCACACGACGUUUUUUCUUAGUUUGUGUAACCUUCGUUUGUGGUUUUACGUCGGUUACUUAAACUCGUAUUUGGAAUUCAUGUCUGACAAUGACCAUGAUACAGUAAGUCACUACACGAACUGGUUCGGGAUCGCGCAGUUUUCCGGUUUUGUUUUCGCCCCUAUCGUUGGUAUUGUCAUGGAUUGGAAACCGAAAGGAAAGCGAAAUCAGAAGACUGAUUUGGGUUUUGUCGUCGGGUUUUUUCUUACCUCAUUCACCGCUUUCGUUUUAAAUAUUUUGGUUCUUGUCCCUGACCUUUCUGUGCAGUAUGCGUCUUUCGUCGUUCAAGUUGUUCUAAGAGCCUUCGUCUACACUGUCUAUUCAGCGUUUCUCUUACACAAAUUUCCAUUGUCGCAAUUCGGAAAAUUAUACGGCGCAGGCCACCUGAUAUCAGCAGUAAUAGGUUCUAUACAGUAUGGUCUGUUUACGAUUUCCGAAGAUACCCUUGAGAAAGAUCCAUUUUGGGUGAAUGUUGGUUUUCUAGUGUCUUGCUUGUAUCUGAAUGUUCUUCCAACCCUUUUGUGGUUUAAGGAAAGGAAAGCGGAACGACUGCAAAAACGUAAUGGCGAAAAACGUAUAGUAAUUACAUAACACUACUAUCUAUGCAAGCCGGUGGUGAAGGGAGGGAGUUAAAAGAGUUGGAAUGGUGGAUGCUACAUGGUCGCAUUUACACCCUGUAGCUUCGGAACGAGGAAUUUUCGUGUCCGAGAUUGAUUAGAAAGUGUUGAUUGAAAGGAAUGUCUUAUGACCUGGGUUAUUACGGUUCUAAAAUUAGUGUCGGUUUUUUAAACGUUCCCGUUUGCACGAAUUUGAAUGGAAAUGUUAAAAUACGUAAAUUUUUACCUUCAUGCUGUUAAAAAGCAUGCAUAUUGUUAUUAGUAUGCAUUCUGCCUCUGUCCAUGAGCUAUUAUCACACGAUGCGCGUUUUCAGUCUGCAUCGUUUGGUUGUGCCAUAUAUAUAAGAUGCAAUUUAGAGAAUGUGCACGUGUUAGAAUACGAAUCAUGCAUGCGUAUAACGAAACACAUUGCGCUGUGAAAAAAUCAAAACAUUUAGACUGGGUGCUAAAGUUCGGACUAACAGAAAACACUUAGGAAAUUAGUUAAUCACAUUUUCCCUAAAAUUUUUUUACGAACCUCUUAGAUUGUCAUAUUUACAAUUUAAUUUCUUU